UCUACUGCCUUCAGAGCCUUUCCCCCCAUUAUUAGUGGGAGUCACCACACACUCUCGUGCUGCCCACCCCCGAAUCUCCGUGUCACAGCCCACGCCACCGCAGCCUGCUGCUUAUGUGAAGGCACAGAAGCUGCUUCAGCCUUACUCUGUCUUACUUGAACCCUGGAUUUAUAAAACCAGGCCGACCCUCAGCUCGACUUCUCUUUUUUCCCCUCCUCUCCCCCUCCAUACACCUAUCAACACUUUUGCAUAGUUAGACCAGAAGGUUACCUUCAGAGUCUUCUUAGCCGCAAGGUUUAAAUAGUCCCCUUAUCUGCCAGUAUGAGCGCCGUUGCCAUCCAGUUCGACCCGACCUUUAGCGUGGGCUCUCGGCCAACUUUUUCGUGGCCAGGAAUGUUUGAAUCUAGCAACACCACAUCCACCAUGAUUGCGCAAGACUUCUCGUCAAUUCUUCACCCAGUGUCUGAAUCCAGUGUCUCUCCUCAAAGUGUGCCAAAGACGCUUCCCGCAAGCCCUUCUAGGGGCAUCCUCACUCCCGAGCAGCGAGAAUUGAAGAAGCAACGAGACAGAGCCCGCCGAGAUUCCAGAGCUUCCACACGAAUCCAGCGAGGUAGCAGCAGCAGUUCAUACCUGAGCUCACCACCGAUGUCAGUGUCCGAUGUCACAAGCACCAUGGCCCUCCCCAUCUAUACGACAGCUCCGCCAGCUAUGUCUCUCCUGAGCGAGCCAGCUCCAGCAUUGAGCGACCCAUCAUACAUCCCUCCUUACAGCCCACACAUGCAGGAGCAGGCGUUUACUUCUCCGUACCAACAACCUCUGCAAUCAAACUAUUCCUUGUCGGUGGAAUACCCUCCCACUUAUGGUACUUCAAAUGCAUACAGUAUCUCUCACUCUUCCAUCCAGUCCACCGGACAAGACAGCGGCAUGGUGUACCGCAUGCCCGCCAUGCAGUCUGGCAGCGGAGCUUCUACUGGCAGCUCCAGCAGCCAAGAUAGCGCUGGCCACGUCCGUGUGGUGCAGAACAGACCGAAGCCGCGAUGCUGGGAGCAUGGGUGCAACGGACGGCAGUUUUCGACUUUUAGCAACCUCCUACGACACCAACGAGAGAAAUCCGGCCAAGCAGCCAAAGCCACUUGCCCCAACUGCGGCGCUGAAUUCACCAGAACCACUGCGCGAAACGGCCACCUUCUACACGACAAGUGCAAACAACGACGAAGCUCCUGAACAAAGAUGAUUUUUUAAUCAAGUUUCGCAUCGAAUCCGUGAUUCAUUCGCUUUAACCUACGAGGAGGGAGGCAAUGCCUCCCGUAUUGCGGUCUCUCACGGAGCUUAGAUAAGCUCAUCAGUGGAGUUCCUUGUGUCACAGCGAUGACGAUUCGCGGACAUAUCGUUGGUGAUGGAGGUUUCGGCUGCGAUCUUCGAUUCACUGCGCCUUGCCGGCUUAUGCUUUCUCCUUCUUCUUUCUUACAUUUUCGGACUGCGGCUUUGUAUAAUACUGUUUUAUUCCUUUUAUUCCUCUUUUGCCGGUAUACUCAAGGUGUUUUGAUGGGACGGAUUAUGAAUUACGGGUCAACGUGUUGGGCAAACAGCGAGACCUUGGGAAACAAUGAUACCAGGGUAUAAGAGAAACGGGAUCAAUUUUUAGAGCACACACAACUAGAGGUACAUAGAC